AUUGAUGGAAAAUUUCCGAAUCUGGCUGCGACAUGAAGCGCGCGACCAAACUGAACAACAGCAAAAGCAAAAUUUCCUAGCUUCUCUGCGUCGUUUGUCGUUCGUCUUGGAAGUGAAAAGCUUCUUGUCGAUGCGAACGAAGCUAACGACACCGGGUCAGGAUAAACUGCGUUGCAAAAUGUCCGAGGUUAUUUAUGAAAAGUAUCUUAACCUCCGAAACCCCGAUUCUCUAGAAAUACCUGAAUUACUUAUUGAAAAACUGGAAAGUGAAAAACCGAGGCCUACUUCGGCCACCUUGCAAUGGGCAUGGGAUCAACAAUGCACUAUAUUGGAUCCAGUGUUCCAGCAAUACUUGCAGAUUUUAUCCGGGCUGCUUAAAAUAUCUCCCGAGGGUCUGUUGAAAAUGUCGGAGGAUGCACUGACCGCACUGUUGGCUUCACACGCGGAACACAUUUCUGCACGUGACCAAGCCCAUUUCGUCUCUCGUGUGCGUCCAACCGAAGAAGAUAAAAACACGUUGGAAGCGGCUCUUCGGUCCUGCAGCCUCAUGCCCUUGACUUUCCAAAUUGUGUUGUUCUAUCAAUAUCUCAUUCGUUGCAGCCACCAAGACGAUCUGCCGAUGCUCGAACAAAACUUGAUCUUUGAACUUGAGCUUGUGCGAUUUCAAGAAAUGUGUCAUGGCAAAGUCCACAAUUCUGUGUUAAAACAAAAGCUAACCUGCCUGUUGCUGACUUUUCUUGAAUCUGCUAUCCCGCCACAGGUUCAGGUAAGUCUCGAGAUAUCUAUGGAACUUUUUUUGGUGUAUUUGUUACAUUACUGGGUCAGGUAA